CGCACACGGAGCUCGGUCGGUACAGCAACGAAAAUGGACGGAACCCCCGGAAGCGAGAAGAUCAUGUACACGACGGCCACGGGCGCGUUCUUUGGCGCCGCCAUUGGCUCAGUCGAGUCCGUGUGGUCCAUCCCGAAGCUUGGCGCCAAGCUGCCCAAGUUGUCAAACCAGCUCAAGCACCUCGGCACGCGCUCGCUCGUGUUCGCUGCUGUCGGUUGUAUCUUCUCCACGGGUGAAUACGUGUCAGCCUUGAUUCGACAGAAGGAGGACCCAGUCAAUGCUGCUGUGGGCGGCGCUCUGGUUGGCGUUGUGCCCGGAAUUGUGAAGCAGAGCAUGCGCGUGGGUGUUGGUGCGGGUGUUGCUGCUGGUGCGGCUAUGGCCGCUGCGUCGUACUGGCAAUCAUCCCAGGACUCGGCUUUCGAUAAAUACGCUGCUGCCCACCACGCUCGCCGCGCCUAAGUUUGUGGGAGCGAGAUAGGUAGCGGCAAACGCAGCAAAUCAGUGAAAUGAGGAAGAACACAUGACCACAUUUUAACAGCUUCGUCUGUUUGCUUGUCCUGCAUAUGGGUACCAUUCCCAGUACUUGGGCCGUCUAGAAGCGA